CAAGAAACAGUGCGAAGUUUGAAAGUUUUUCUCGGCCAUUUGCACAAAUGUAGCCUCUUAGUCUAAUUCUUCUGUUUUUUUACACCAUGAGUCGUCUUUAUGACACAAUCGAGCCCUCUGUUAUCGAUGAGCAGAUGCUAAAAAAUGCUAUCGAGGAACAAGGGCCGAAAGGUGAAGCUGGAAGGAUAGCAAAACAAGAGGGAACCGACUUUGGAGAUGUACUUUCCCUCAGACUUGAUUUCAAAAAUAUUUUGAAAAUCGACAACUUAUGGAGUCUAGUGAACCUGACCAAGUUGCAAAUGGACAACAAUAUCAUCGAGAGGAUGGAAGGCCUGGAUAUGCUCGUGAACUUGGAGUGGUUAGAUCUUUCAUUUAACAAUAUUGAAGUUAUCGAGGGACUGGAUAAACUAACCAAGUUGAAGGAUCUUACACUUUACAAUAACAGAAUAUCAAAAAUUGAAAACAUGGACUUUCUUACUCAGCUUCAUGUGUUUUCCAUUGGAAACAACAGCCUCAAACAACUGGAUAAUGUUGUUUAUCUCAGACGAUUCAAGUCCUUGAGAACUUUAAACCUCAGUGGAAACCCAUUUUCUGAGGAAGUUAAUUACAAAGAAUAUGUAAUUGCACAUCUAUCAGAACUUGUCUACCUGGACUUUCGUCUGAUCGAUGAAUCAGCCCGAGAAGCUGCAACAGAAAAAUACAAAUAUUCUAUAGAGGAAAUGGUCCAAAAUGAGACCAUAGCCAAGAGAAAACAGGAUGAAGUUGAAGAAAACCAAAAGGAGAGACAGUUGCACAAGAUGGCCUUUGUGGAGGACCUGAAUGGUCCAUGGCUCUUUGAAAGCAUGUAUGCUGAUGAUCCUGAGGCUGGUAAACUUGGGGCUCUUCCUGGAAUGGAAGAAAUCCUCAAUGGAUACAAUGAGAAGUUUACAGCAAUUUGCCAGGAAAUAUUCGAGUUUGGCUUGAAGGAGCAUGAAAAGAGAGAAGCAGAAAUUGCAUCAUUCUUUUCUUGUUUGGAAGAAGCAACGCAAGAAAACAACAACACAGGUGUCAAGCACAUUCAUAGCUACAUUGAGUACAAGAAAAAGGUAUUUUUGGACUAUACUAGCCUAACUGACCAGAGUCAUAUGGAAACCUUGAUGAAGGAAAUCGUUGAAGAAAUAAGAAAACUGUGGGACACACUAAUGGGACUGGAAAUGGAGCUGGUGGACCAGUUAGAGGACACAAUUAAAGACUUUGAAAGGAACAUGGCGGACCUUGUGACCGCAUUUGUAGAACACGUGCAAGGAUUAAUGACGCAGUUACGUGACCUGGAAAACGCACAUCACGAAAAAACGUCAGAUAUCGCUGUGGUCACACUUGAAAAACUGAUGAAAAACGAGCUGGAAGAAGAUCUGCCUGAUGACUUGAGAAUGCUAUUUGUUGACAAGGACACACUAAUGAACGCCGUCAGUGCUUCUCAUGAUACGCACCUUCUAAAGAUUGAUAACAAGGAGGAUGAUAUGUUAACCAGAGCAACCACCAGAAUGCAAACUUUGAACGAGAAGAUCCACAAUGACGAGGUGUUAAGAAACCGCAAAAGAGUUUCCGAGAUAAACAACUUAGUGGAUCACUUUAGAGAUGAAGCUGAGAGUUAUGAAGUCACGGGGCCCAUGUAGAGCGUGACACCUGCUUUCGUCACCUUAGUGUAAACCCCAAGACUAUUAUGAAGUUUAUCUGACCUGCGAUGCGUCGUAACUGGUGAGAGUACUCACAAAGCUCUGGCGACGAUAACUGACAACACGUUGAAAUUUUUUAACGUUAUGUUGCUUUUACUCGUACAUACACAUAUUCACGUGUUGUUGACGCUCUAGGUUAUGUCGAUAUGAUGUCUGUAUAGGGGAUUUAGACGACUCUCUGCUACGAAUUUCGGCUUUGUAAGAGUACGUGUAGGAAUUGCUUUUUGAGAAAAACUGUUAAAAAUUUAAGAAAAAUAUCCCUGCAAUGUUUUUGCUGUCAGUGGCGCCCGCCCAUUGCUGGUCACCGUGCAGAUCAUCUGUUCAGCAGGUAAAUCGGGUAACCUACACCCCCUUCACCACUCUAACGCGGAAAAUCAGAUAACAAAAAGGCGCGUCUAACAAAAGGCCAAAGGUUUUUGUUUGAGGCGGUUUUGUUAAUUAAUACAGCAUCUUCCAUCUCUCUAAUUCGUUGAGGUUCCAAAAUCUUUUGUGUCGGUAUUUAGUGUGCAAAUAAGCUUUGUUUUUGUGCCAUAUCAAUUGUAAACAUGUUAAGUACACAUAAAUUUUAACUUGUAAAUAGCAAACUGUUUAAUUAGGAGUUUUUGACGUGUUUGAACAUCCUUGUUUGCAAGCUGUGUGCAUGGAAUGUAAAAAAAAUAAUAAGUUUGGCUAAACACAUGGUUGAAAGAUGCUUCAAUUAAACUAAUCUUCCUUUCUGAGCAAGA